GACUGAACCUACUUUGAGACUCCUACCUACACUUGAAGGAUGUUGACUACGGUUGGAAUAUUUGUCUUGUUGUGUAUUCUAGGAAAGCUGACUGGAAAUUUGGGUGAAAAUGUUGCCAGACGUGGACAAGUGGCUCAGUCUUCAAUGUAUGGGAAUGCCAAACCCGAAAAUGCCAUUGAUGGGAAUCGUGCAAGCAACUACUAUCAGGAAUCUUGUGCCCAUACAAACAAUGACUUGAAUCCAUGGUGGAGACUUGACCUUUUGAAGACACAUAAAAUCAAUACUGUGACUAUCACCAACAGACAAGACUGUUGCCCUGAGAGGAUCAGUGGAGCUGAGAUCCACAUUGGAAAUUCACUUAAUGACAAUGGCAAUGUGAAUCCCAGAUGUGCUGUAAUCUCAUCUAUCGCUGCUGGGGCAUCACAAACCUUUGCAUGUAAUGGAAUGGAAGGUCGCUACAUAAACAUUGUUAUUCCUGGGAGAAGAGAAUACCUGACAGUUUGUGAGGUGGAAGUUGAUGGUACACUUUCAGAGACUAAUGUUGCCAGACGUGGACAAGUGGCUCAGUCUUCAAUGUAUGGGAAUGCCAAACCUGAAAAUGCCAUUGAUGGGAAUCGUGCAAGCAACUUCAACCAGGGAUCCUGUGCCUGUACAAACAACAACUUGAAUCCAUGGUGGAGACUUGACCUUUUGAAGACACAUAAAAUCAACACUGUGACUAUCACCAACAGACAAGACUGUUGCCCUGAGAGGAUCAAUGGAGCUGAGAUCCGCAUUGGAAAUUCACUUAAUGACAAUGGCAAUGCGAAUCCCAGAUGUGCUGUAAUCUCGUCCAUCGCUGCUGGGGCAUCACAAACCUUUGCAUGUAAUGGAAUGGAAGGUCGCUACAUAAACAUCGUUAUUCCUGGGAGAACAGAAUACCUGACACUUUGUGAGGUGGAAGUUGAUGGUACACUUUCAGAGACUAAUGUUGCCAGACUUGGACAAGUGGCUCAGUCUUCAAUGUAUGGGAAUGCCAAACCUGAAAAUGCCAUUGAUGGGAAUCGUGCAAGCAACUUCAACCAGGGAUCCUGUGCCUGUACAAACAACAACUUGAAUCCAUGGUGGAGACUUGACCUUUUGAAGACACAUAAAAUCAACACUGUGACUAUCACCAACAGACAAGACUGUUGCCCUGAGAGGAUCAAUGGAGCUGAGAUCCGCAUUGGAAAUUCACUUAAUGACAAUGGCAAUGCGAAUCCCAGAUGUGCUGUAAUCUCGUCCAUCGCUGCUGGGGCAUCACAAACCUUUGCAUGUAAUGGAAUGGAAGGUCGCUACAUAAACAUCGUUAUUCCUGGGAGAACAGAAUACCUGACACUUUGUGAGGUGGAAGUUGAUGGUACACUUUCAGAGACUAAUGUUGCCAGACUUGGACAAGUGGCUCAGUCUUCAAUGUAUGGGAAUGCCAAACCUGAAAAUGCCAUUGAUGGGAAUCGUGCAAGCAACUUCAACCAGGGAUCCUGUGCCUGUACAAACAACAACUUGAAUCCAUGGUGGAGACUUGACCUUUUGAAGACACAUAAAAUCAACACUGUGACUAUCACCAACAGACAAGACUGUUGCCCUGAGAGGAUCAAUGGAGCUGAGAUCCGCAUUGGAAAUUCACUUAAUGACAAUGGCAAUGCGAAUCCCAGAUGUGCUGUAAUCUCGUCCAUCGCUGCUGGGGCAUCACAAACCUUUGCAUGUAAUGGAAUGGAAGGUCGCUACAUAAACAUCGUUAUUCCUGGGAGAACAGAAUACCUGACACUUUGUGAGGUGGAAGUUGAUGGUACACUUUCAGAGACUAAUGUUGCCAGACUUGGACAAGUGGCUCAGUCUUCAAUGUAUGGGAAUGCCAAACCUGAAAAUGCCAUUGAUGGGAAUCGUGCAAGCAACUUCAACCAGGGAUCCUGUGCCUGUACAAACAACAACUUGAAUCCAUGGUGGAGACUUGACCUUUUGAAGACACAUAAAAUCAACACUGUGACUAUCACCAACAGACAAGACUGUUGCCCUGAGAGGAUCAAUGGAGCUGAGAUCCGCAUUGGAAAUUCACUUAAUGACAAUGGCAAUGCGAAUCCCAGAUGUGCUGUAAUCUCGUCCAUCGCUGCUGGGGCAUCACAAACCUUUGCAUGUAAUGGAAUGGAAGGUCGCUACAUAAACAUCGUUAUUCCUGGGAGAACAGAAUACCUGACACUUUGUGAGGUGGAAGUUGAUGGUACACUUUCAGAGACUAAUGUUGCCAGACUUGGACAAGUGGCUCAGUCUUCAAUGUAUGGGAAUGCCAAACCUGAAAAUGCCAUUGAUGGGAAUCGUGCAAGCAACUUCAACCAGGGAUCCUGUGCCUGUACAAACAACAACUUGAAUCCAUGGUGGAGACUUGACCUUUUGAAGACACAUAAAAUCAACACUGUGACUAUCACCAACAGACAAGACUGUUGCCCUGAGAGGAUCAAUGGAGCUGAGAUCCGCAUUGGAAAUUCACUUAAUGACAAUGGCAAUGCGAAUGCCAGAUGUGCUGUAAUCUCGUCCAUCGCUGCUGGGGCAUCACAAACCUUUGCAUGUAAUGGAAUGGAAGGUCGCUACAUAAACAUCGUUAUUCCUGGGAGAACAGAAUACCUGACACUUUGUGAGGUGGAAGUUGAUGGUACACUUUCAGAGACUAAUGUUGCCAGACUUGGACAAGUGGCUCAGUCUUCAAUGUAUGGGAAUGCCAAACCUGAAAAUGCCAUUGAUGGGAAUCGUGCAAGCAACUUCAACCAGGGAUCCUGUGCCUGUACAAACAACAACUUGAAUCCAUGGUGGAGACUUGACCUUUUGAAGACACAUAAAAUCAACACUGUGACUAUCACCAACAGACAAGACUGUUGCCCUGAGAGGAUCAAUGGAGCUGAGAUCCGCAUUGGAAAUUCACUUAAUGACAAUGGCAAUGCGAAUGCCAGAUGUGCUGUAAUCUCGUCCAUCGCUGCUGGGGCAUCACAAACCUUUGCAUGUAAUGGAAUGGAAGGUCGCUACAUAAACAUCGUUAUUCCUGGGAGAACAGAAUACCUGACACUUUGUGAGGUGGAAGUUGAUGGUACACUUUCAGAGACUAAUGUUGCCAGACUUGGACAAGUGGCUCAGUCUUCAAUGUAUGGGAAUGCCAAACCUGAAAAUGCCAUUGAUGGGAAUCGUGCAAGCAACUUCAACCAGGGAUCCUGUGCCUGUACAAACAACAACUUGAAUCCAUGGUGGAGACUUGACCUUUUGAAGACACAUAAAAUCAACACUGUGACUAUCACCAACAGACAAGACUGUUGCCCUGAGAGGAUCAAUGGAGCUGAGAUCCGCAUUGGAAAUUCACUUAAUGACAAUGGCAAUGCGAAUCCCAGAUGUGCUGUAAUCUCGUCCAUCGCUGCUGGGGCAUCACAAACCUUUGCAUGUAAUGGAAUGGAAGGUCGCUACAUAAACAUCGUUAUUCCUGGGAGAACAGAAUACCUGACACUUUGUGAGGUGGAAGUUGAUGGUACACUUUCAGAGACUAAUGUUGCCAGACGUGGACAAGUGGCUCAGUCUUCAAUGUAUGGGAAUGCCAAACCUGAAAAUGCCAUUGAUGGGAAUCGUGCCAGCAACUACUAUCAGGAAUCCUGUGCCCAUACAAACAAUGACUUGAAUCCAUGGUGGAGACUUGACCUUUUGAAGACACAUAAAAUCAACACUGUGACUAUCACCAACAGACAAGACUGUUGCCCUGAGAGGAUCAAUGGAGCUGAGAUCCGCAUUGGAAAUUCACUUAAUGACAAUGGCAAUGCGAAUGCCAGAUGUGCUGUAAUCUCGUCCAUCGCUGCUGGGGCAUCACAAACCUUUGCAUGUAAUGGAAUGGAAGGUCGCUACAUAAACAUCGUUAUUCCUGGGAGAAAAGAAUACCUGACACUUUGUGAGGUGGAAGUUGAUGGUACACUUUCAGAGACUAAUGUUGCCAGACUUGGACAAGUGGCUCAGUCUUCAAUGUAUGGGAAUGCCAAACCUGAAAAUGCCAUUGAUGGGAAUCGUGCAAGCAACUUCAACCAGGGAUCCUGUGCCUGUACAAACAACAACUUGAAUCCAUGGUGGAGACUUGACCUUUUGAAGACACAUAAAAUCAACACUGUGACUAUCACCAACAGACAAGACUGUUGCCCUGAGAGGAUCAAUGGAGCUGAGAUCCGCAUUGGAAAUUCACUUAAUGACAAUGGCAAUGCGAAUCCCAGAUGUGCUGUAAUCUCGUCCAUCGCUGCUGGGGCAUCACAAACCUUUGCAUGUAAUGGAAUGGAAGGUCGCUACAUAAACAUCGUUAUUCCUGGGAGAACAGAAUACCUGACACUUUGUGAGGUGGAAGUUGAUGGUACACUUUCAGAGACUAAUGUUGCCAGACUUGGACAAGUGGCUCAGUCUUCAAUGUAUGGGAAUGCCAAACCUGAAAAUGCCAUUGAUGGGAAUCGUGCAAGCAACUUCAACCAGGGAUCCUGUGCCUGUACAAACAACAACUUGAAUCCAUGGUGGAGACUUGACCUUUUGAAGACACAUAAAAUCGACACUGUGACUAUCACCAACAGACAAGACUGUUGCCCUGAGAGGAUCAAUGGAGCUGAGAUCCGCAUUGGAAAUUCACUUAAUGACAAUGGCAAUGCGAAUCCCAGAUGUGCUGUAAUCUCGUCCAUCGCUGCUGGGGCAUCACAAACCUUUGCAUGUAAUGGAAUGGAAGGUCGCUACAUAAACAUCGUUAUUCCUGGGAGAACAGAAUACCUGACACUUUGUGAGGUGGAAGUUGAUGGUACUCAACUCGAUUCUUACAAAGAAUCUGAGUGUAGCUGGGUCUAAAGAAAAUUAUUUACUCUUGUAGUGUUCCUUCAGUUGUAAAGUAAGUGUGUCAAGGGUUAUUCAGUUCAAAUUUUUUGAAACUUUUUAGUGACCCUAUUUGUACCCCCUGCUUUUACACACUGCAGGGAAAUUUUAUUCUGAUCAAUCAAUUUUACUGAAUGUUUCCAUUCAUAUAAUGUAAUUUCAGAAUUAUCACUUCAUAAAUAAAUAUUUCCUGUAUCUGUUGUAUCACAUGUAAUAUUUUACAAAACAUAUUACACUUUCUGUUUCCUUUCCAUGCAAAUGUUUAAACUCCAAAUAAAUAUUGGUGCAGCAAA